UCUCAAAAUCUGCGUCCUUCCGUAUCCAUCCCCUUCCUCCUUCAUCCGCCAUUGUUAUCGAAUUACUUUUACCAUCAUAAUUUAUUAUCGUCUUUUUGUUGUUGCAUGAAAAGAAGUAAUUAUUCGUAAUGAAGAACCUAAUGAAAGGCAAAGUUACAGGCAAGACAACAGACGGCGGCGGAUCCCAGAAUCAACGUUUCCAUGACGAUAUGGAUCAGAUUGACACCAACAGCAAUCAAUCCUUCCGUUUCAGCAGCGCCACUUCUCUCGCCGCCACCUCUCUCGACAAUCGUUCUUCCUGUUCCGAUCUCUACGAUUGCUCCUCCCCUCAAUCUUCCUUCUCAUCAACCGCCUACGACAACACCACCACCAACAACAACAACAAUUCCAACGUUACCAGUCAUUCGUCUCCUCUCUCCAAAUCUCCAUGGUCGGCCCACACCGUUUCUGCAGUCGAUGAUAAAUGUUCUUACACAGGCCUGCUCGGAUCGCUUGUCAGAGAAGAGGGUAAUCUCUAUUCUCUAGCUACAAUGGGGAAUCUGUUAUAUACCGGAUCUGAUAGUAAGAAUAUCCGGGUUUGGAAGAAUCAGAAGGAGUAUACUGGGUUCAAGUCGACAAGCGGGUUGGUGAAGGCGAUUGUGAUCGCCGGGGAGAGAAUAUUCACCGGUCAUCAAGACGGGAAGAUACGAAUGUGGAAGAUUUCUAGUAAGAAUCCUAGGGUUCAUAAAUGUAUUGGGACUUUACCCACUUUAAAGGCUUAUUUAAAAAGCUCAAUGAAUCCCAAUAACUACGUUGAAGUUCGGAGGAAUCGAAAUGCUGUCUGGAUAAAACAUAUCGACGCCAUCUCUUCUCUAUGUCUCAGCGAAGAUCUUACCCUUCUAUAUUCUGCUUCGUGGGAUAAAACGGUAAAGGUAUGGAGAAUUGUGGAUUCGAAAUGCCUUGAAUCGAUUAACGUUCACGAAGACGCAGUUAAUUCGGUCGUGGCCGGAUUCAACGUCCUACUCUUCACCGGAUCAGCAGACGGCAGCAUUAAAGUAUGGAGAAGGGAGUUUCAAGGGAAGGGUACAAAACAUUAUUUCUACACAACUUUGUUAAAACAAGAAUCCGCCGUAACUGCAUUAACAAUUGAUCCAACGGGGAAGGUUCUUUACUCAGGAUCGUCAGAUGGGUUGGUGAAUUUUUGGGAGAAAGACGUAUUCCCGACGCACGGCGGCGUAUUGAAGGGUCAUAAGUUGGCUGUUCUUUGCGUAGCGACGGCAGGGAAUUUCGUUUUCAGUGGGUCGGCGGAUACAAAUAUCUGCAUUUGGAGGCGAGAGACGAUCGGCGGCGAACAUGUAUGUUUGACGGUGCUGACAGGGCAUCAAGGGCCGGUGAAAUGUCUGGCGGUGGAGGAAGAACGGCGUGGGUGUGAUUCAGGUGGGGGAAAAGGUUGGAUAUUGUAUAGUGGUAGUUUGGAUAAGUCGGUUAAUAUAUGGAGGGUAUCGGAUAAUGUCGUCACACUUGGACCGGGGGCGGCGGCGCCGGCCGACGUACUUCCGAGAAAGAGCGUUGAAGGAUUUAACACGGCGCCGACUUCUCCUUUGCCGCACGGCGCUUUGAAACAAGGUGGUAGUAGGAGAGGAGGUUAA